GGAGGCCGCACAGGUAUAUAAGGCUGCUUUUUUAGUAGGUUGAUCAACACUGAAAGGCGUUCAGGUUUUUGCCAUCAAACCAGAAAUAGAUAUCGGUUUGGUAAAUUACUUUUGGUUUUAAUGGUUUACAUAAAAUCGUCAAUCAAAAUCCCCCAAGCCUGCAUUCGGAAAGACGAUUAUACCCUUUAAUUCUUCCACCCUAUAAAUACUCGCAUCGCAUCAAUCGUAAUCAGAACUAUUAACUUUCAUUUUCCGAUAGAAGAACUUUUUUCACGGCGGCGAUAACAAAUCACCGGCUAAUAAAGGAAGGAAAAGAAGAAGAAGAGAAGCUAUGACAACAAUCAGUCUUCGCAAGAGUAACACCAGACUCCCACCGGAGGUGAAUCGCGUGCUCUACGUUCGUAACCUUCCCUUUAACAUAACGAGCGAAGAGAUGUACGAUAUCUUCGGCAAGUACGGCGCAAUUCGCCAGAUUCGAAUCGGUUGCGACAAGGCGACGAAAGGUACUGCCUUCGUCGUUUACGAGGAUAUCUACGAUGCCAAGAACGCCGUCGACCAUCUCUCUGGCUUCAACGUCGCGAAUCGGUACCUAAUCGUGUUAUACUACCAGCACGCGAAGAUGAGCAAGAAGUUUGACCAGAAGAAGAGUGAAGAUGAGAUCACCAAGUUGCAGGAGAAGUAUGGAGUCUCUACCAAAGAUAAGUAAUUGUCCUUGAAUUCGAUCUUCUUAUGGUCGUUCUGUUACUGCUGCAAUUUAGGGUUUUGAAAUUCUGGGAGAUGUGAAACUUUCUUUUAUCUGUAUGAAUUUAGUGGAGUUCUUUAUGUAAGGUUUGCUCUUUUGUCAUUUACAUCGACCAAGCAAUGAAAAAUACAUCUUUUAAUCCCAAAUUAGCUAUUGCUGUGACAAUUUUUUUUGUGCUUUGAUGCAAUUUUCCGAGAUUGGUGUUCAGUGUUUU